AUGGCGACAAUCGUACCUCCCCCGUCUAAAAGACAAAAGAGAGAAGUGCUUGAGCGCUCUCAGGUUCAGCAAGAUGUCACACUUCUUGCAUCUGGGCCGGAAGGCUCCUUCAAAGCUCGAUUUCUUGAUGGAGAUGGCCAGCAAAUGGCCGAUGUGAUCGAAGUCCCCCUCGCCGACGCUUCAGAAAAGAACUUAUCGCUUCUUUUGAAUACGUUACUUGCCAGGGAAAAGGAAGAAUUCCUCCCAUAUCGAUUCCGAAUUCACAUUCCCGGUACCGAAAUCAUCGUGGACCAAUACCCUACCGAUCUCCUCCAGCUUCUUCGCAACCAUGGUAUCGAGAACCCUUUCGAAACGACUGUUACCCUCAGCGCUGAGCCGCAGGCCGUUUUCAAGGUUCAGCCCGUAACGCGCAUGUCCCACAAGAUCCCUGGCCACGGCGAAGCAAUUCUCGCAGCUCAAUUCAGCCCCAAGAACAGCAGUAGACUGGCUACUGGAUCUGGCGAUAAGACGGCGCGGAUAUGGGAUACUGAUACUGGAACACCCAAGUACACCCUUGCAGGUCACUCUGGAUGGGUUCUCGCGGUUGCUUGGUCGCCCGAUGGUGAGCAACUCGCUACUGGAAGUAUGGACAAGUCGGUUCGUCUUUGGAACCCUGAGACUGGAAAGGUUGUUGGAAGUCCUUGGACAGGCCAUUCAAAGUGGGUAACCAACAUCGUAUGGGAACCUUAUCAUCUUUGGAGAGACGGUACAGCACGACUUGCCAGUGCCAGCAAGGAUUCAACAGUCCGGAUAUGGGUCGUCAACACAGGAAAAACCGAGCAUGUACUGUCCGGGCACAAGAGCAGCGUCAGCUGUGUCCGCUGGGGAGGAGAGGGUCUCAUCUACAGCGCAAGUCACGACAAGACGGUCCGAGUUUGGAAUGCCGCGAAGGGAACCAUGGUGCACACGCUGUCGGCCCACGUCCACUGGGUGAACCAUCUUGCGCUCUCAACAGAUUUCGUCUUGAGGACUGGAUUCUACGAUCACACACCUGUGCCCAAUACCGAGGAAGGAAAGCGACAAAAGGCCAAGGAGAGGUUCGAGAAGGCUGCCAAGUUCCAGGGUAGAAUCGCUGAGCGUCUUGUCACUGCCAGUGACGACUUCACCAUGUAUCUCUGGGAUCCUUCUCAGGGCACCAAGCCUGUUGCGCGUAUGCUGGGUCAUCAGAAGCAGGUAAACCAUGUCACCUUCUCCCCCGACGGUUCCCUCAUCGCCAGUGCUGGUUGGGACAACCACACCAAGCUCUGGAAUGCCAGAGAUGGCAAAUUCAUCAAUACCCUCCGCGGACACGUGGCUCCUGUGUACCAGUGCGCAUUCUCAGCAGACUCCAGACUUCUGGUCACAGCAUCCAAGGACACAACACUCAAGGUGUGGUCAAUGGCCUCUCACAAAUUGGCCGUGGAUCUGCCCGGCCAUCAAGACGAGGUGUACGCGGUAGACUGGGCACCAGACGGCAAAAAAGUCGGCAGCGGUGGAAAAGACAAGGCGGUCCGGCUCUGGUGCAACUAG